AUGGCCUCCCCACUGAAGCAAUCAUCCCGUAGCUGGGCCAUGUUGGCGUUAGGAGCAUCCGUUUUCGUCGUGCUUACAACCUUGCGGAGCAACCUUGGCCUGUCGGUCAAUUGCGAUUCACUGCUACCUUCGCAGCUUGCAGUCGAGAUGGACAUCCCACGUAUUGGCCGUUUUCGUGAAUCAACGAAAGACAAACAACAAAAGAGCAGUCGACAUGCCACUGUGAUGGGGAUGGCGACAAACUAUGACGUUGGGGCCUUCCGGCGUUUCGUCGGUUCACUGCGAAGGAGCGGAUAUCUAGGACACAUCAUUUUGGCCAUCUCACCAAACCCCCAACGGGGAGUUGUGGAGUAUUUGACUAGCCACAAUGUGACGAUGAAAAGAUUGACGCUGGUGAAUUGCAGCACAGACAUCUUGAGCAUGGGCGGAGAAACUCCCUCCAAGAUGGAUUCUCAUGCCGUCGAGGUAAUGACAUGUGCCGAUCCAUAUCCUGAUCUAAAAUUACGUUGGGGGCGCUUUGCUCUCUUGAGAGACUAUCUACUGGACUGUCGAGAAUGCACUGGCCCGGUACUAGUUGCCGAUGUGCGAGAUACUUAUUUCCAACGAGACCCCUUUGGACCAGAAGCACCACAUGUGCAAGGUUUGCAAGUCUUCGAAGAACACAGAACAAUGCGAACGACCCACUGGUUGGUGAAAGGACCAGUUGAACGAUGCAAAGCUAUUUCAAUAUUUGACAAACCAAUGCUUUGCAGUGGAACAACCGUGGGCACACGAGAUGCAAUGCUACGGUACCUGAAUGAUAUGGUCGCAGAAAUGCGGGUAUGGAUGCAAGACCCAAAAUGCUGUUGUAACAAGAUGAACGGUGACGACCAGUCAAUCCACAAUUACCUGUACUACACGCAGCAGCUGCCCUAUGCAACGUCCCAAAGGAAUCGAGUUGGACUUGUCCAUACAGUUGGGUCACAAGGUGCAAUGCUGUUCAAUGCCAAACGAAAGCGCAACAUGGAAGAACUCAAUAUGACGCAAAGAGAUGCCUCGAGGAAGGCAUACACAAGUGGCGAAGACGAAGCCAAAGGGACAUGGUUGGGCUUGGAACAUGACCUCACGGAUAAGCACGGCUUUUUCAUAGAUUUUGAUGGACAAAGGUCCUUCAUCAUCCACCAGUAUGAUAGGUUUGGAUGGCCAAUGGAUCAGUGGUUAGACCGCAAAAGUGGGCUGCGAGAUCGGUAG